GACACCGGAAGUACUUCAUUGGAGCGGCGUCGCAGAGUUAGCGGGCUAACGGAGGCUGUCCGCUUAAUGAAUGUCAAUCACUGAUCACAUCAUUAACAGCAGAGACACUGUGGCUGUUCUGUGCUGAGAUCUGCACACGGAGCUCCGCGCCUCGCUGCCAGAUCUGACUCUACCUGAACUGAACGUGUGAAGAUGAGUGGUGGACCAGAUGCCAACAAGGAGUUCAUGGAGCAGCUGCGGAUGCAGGAACUCUACGGACAGAGAAAUGCGGACGGCUCUGACCCCAACACCUACACCGACCCAGACGAUGGGACGGUGUAUGACUGGGACCAUGAAAAGAAGGCCUGGUUUCCUAAAAUAACGGAGGACUUCAUUGCAGCCUACCAGGCUAACUAUGGCUUCACUCAGGAGGGAGAUCCAGAUACGAACAAUGCUGCAGUGAGUAGCACUGACCCGGUGGCCCCAGAACCAGGCAGCAAGCCUUCAGAAAAGGAGAAACCAGGAGAAGCCACCCAGAAACCGGACCAGCAUGAGAGCCCAGCUAAAGAAGCCAAGCAGAAAGGGGAGAAGAGGAAAGCAGAGCCAGGAUGGUUUGACAUCGACGACAAUAAAAACACAAAUGUCUAUGUGUCAGGCCUGCCUCCUGACAUCAGCACUGAGGAGUUUACUGAAUUAAUGUCAAAGUGUGGCAUUGUGAUGCGAGACCCCAUCACUGAAGAGUACAAGGUCAAACUCUACAAGGACAGAGAAGGGAAUCUGAAGGGAGAUGGCCUCUGUUGUUAUCUCAAGAAGGAGUCUGUGGCAUUGGCUUUGCGUCUGAUUGAUGAGUCAGAGGUCAGAGGGUACAGACUGCAUGUGGAAGCAGCCCGGUUUGAGCUGAAGGGUCAGUAUGAUGCCAGCAAGAAGAAGAAGAAGAGCAAAGAUUACAGGAAGAGGAUGCAGCAGCAACAGAAGCAGUUGGACUGGAGGCCAGAGAAGCAAGGAGAAGUGAGGAAGAGGCAUGAAAAAGUCGUCAUCAUUAGGAAUAUGUUCCAUCCCAGUGACUUUGAGGAAGACCCACUGGUGUUGAAUGAGUAUCGUGAUGAUCUGCGGACAGAGUGUGAGAAGUUUGGGGAUGUCAAGAAGGUCAUCCUCUUUGAUAGACACCCAGACGGCGUGGCAUCAGUUGCUUUUAAGGAGCCUGAGCAAGCCGAUGCAUGCAUUCAGUCGUUCAAUGAUCGCUGGUUUGGAGGAAGGCAGCUGUCUGCUCAGCUUUGGGAUGGAUCAACAGAUUAUCAGGUGGAGGAGACGACACGCGAGCGGGAGGAGCGGCUGAAGACUUGGUCUACUUUCCUGGAGGGAGGCAAGCAGGGCCAGCAGAACAACAACAACAACAACGCAGAGCCAGCAGAGGGCGCCACCACCACCACAGAACCUACAGAGGCCCCCAGCACCACAGAGACUGAACAGCACCCAGUAACAGAACCACAGCAACAGGAGCAGGAAGCAGACUCUACAGACAGCAGCCUGGCAGGAAGUGAUGAGGAAGCUUAGACACUUGCAGCUUUGGUCCCCAUGGCAACCAGUUAGGGCAGUCCUGCUCGAAGGUGAACUGCAGCAAAGCUCAUUAUGGAGCAGGCGAGGACAAGGAGGGCAUUUGGACAGUUUGAGCUGUUUUGUAAUGUAGAAUAAUAAAAUGAUGAUUUUGUCUAUC